AUGGCACAGCACAGGGAUGUUCGCGCCAGUGCGGGAACUCGUAAUUCCCUUGAUUUAGUCCAGCUAACUAAUCUUAUUCCUGAAGCACCAGCUUUGGAUACUAAAUCAGCAAACCUCUAUUUGCUGUCAGCUCCUUUUGUAGCUCUGGGUGGACUUUCACCAAGUGAGAAGGUGAUAGCUAAGGUAGUGCCUUUGAAUCAGCGCUACUUCCGCAAGCAAGCUGGGCUCACCAAUCGCUGGCAAUUUCCAUAUAGUCUAAGUUGUGACCUUCUGGGAAUUGCACAGGCAAACAAAGCUGUCCGAGUUGGUCUCAAUGAGACCCUGAUGAGAAUAAUGUCAGCUGAUACCCCUGUGUCCCUGAAGGCAGAACGAGACCUUUGGAAGGAAAUUGCAGACCUCCAGAAAGAGUCCAAGGGGCUCUCUGUUCAAUUGCCAACUAUAAAACCUAAAUUAAGGCAAAGGAUUUUCUCUGAUCAAGGAACUCCACAUGAGAUGCUUUUUUCUUACACGCAGAAGGUCACAGAAGGCACAGAGCCAGAUGUAACACUGGAGUGUCUGGGCUUCCAGUGGGAACUUCAUCGCAUGUACUUAUUUAAAUCUCUGGUCCUUGCAGACCUUCUUGCUUCAGCUGUACCAAAUCGUGCCAUGUAUUACACAGAUAACAAAAGUGAAAAAGGUAUGAAAAGGACUUGGAAGUCUCUUGAAACCAGAUGUUACAAACAGUGUCUACUAGCUGGAUGGAAAGAUAAAAAACUCUGUGAAAAGAAGCAAAAAAUGCCCAAAGUUACCAUUGUCUUGGAUAUUAAUGAUCCAGAUGUCACUCGGUUUGCCUUCGCUGUUGCACUCAAGAAUUUAUACAACUCAGAGAUGGAAGUGAACGAAGAAGAUGUUCUGGGAAUCCUGGCUACUGCGUCAGUACUACAAUUUCCUAGGCUCUUCCAGAAGUGUGUGCAGGUCAUGAGAAGUAGUAUUUGCCCAGCCAAUGUCUGUAGCUAUUAUUCUGCAGGCUGCAAGUACAAGCAACCCUCCUUGAUCACCGAGUGUGAAAGAUGGAUAGAGGUGAACCUUGUCACACAGCUGGGCUCUCAGAUUCACCUGCGGAAGCUGCCACUGGAACUACUACAGAAGGUGCUCAGAUCUCCAAGAUUAUUUACUUUCAGUGAAUUUCAUCUUUUGAGAAUUACACUCUGCUGGGUCUUUCUACAGCAAAAUCCCAAAGUCCAGAUAAUUCCAUCUUAUGAUACUGUCCUCACAUAUUUUAGCAGCUUACCUAAGGUGUGUUCCUUCCUGGAAAAGGAAAUAGGACAGCAAUACAUAGCUAUCUUUCAGUCUCUUCGUUUACAUGGCAUCACUUCAAGCAAACAUCUAGAAGAACUAUGGCAGAUUAACUUUCUUCCUUUGCCAUGGCUGACGAGGAUCUUGUCCGAUCAUUACUAUGCACUUGAAAAUGGUGGUGACAUGGCAUUCCAGAGAGACUUUAACACUCAAGCAGUGAGAUUUGGUCUGGUACUUACACAGGAACCAAGAUACCAUGCAGAAAUAAUUUCCAUUUAUGGAUUCUUCUUUGAGGUAAAAGCAGUAAGACAUGAAACAUCAGCAUACAGUUUUUACAUGCAAAGAGUCAAACAUGCGGAUCCAAUUAUAUCAUUUUUUACUGCUGAACGCAGCCCUGUUAGCUUAAAGCAGGAGCGAGAAGUUAAGUAUGAAAUAAAAGCACAGUGCCAGAUAGAUGGGAAGUGGCUUGAAUUCACUACAGACAGACUUACACAAAAGUUUGGAGUCAAGAAACCAUCGUGCAAAAGCAAGGUCUUAAAAGCAUCGGUACCAUCUGUUCCCAUCUAUGUGACAUUUUCUCUUCUUUUCCCAUCAUCAUUGGGGUAAAAGCCAACAUUCUCCUCAUUGGAAGACACUCGGCCUAUGACUACUAUAUAAUUCUUGAGGAUUAGUAUGAAUUCUUGAGAAAUUCAAGAGGGUAAU